AUGAGCUUCUUCUACAGCCAGCUCAUCCAACACCUCCCGUACCCGACAGGGUCCUACGCCGGGAAAACAGUCGUCGUCACCGGCAGCAACACGGGGCUUGGGAAGGAAGCGGCACGGCACUUUGCGCGCCUGGGAGCGAGCAGGCUGAUCCUCGCCGUGCGGAGCCUGGACAAGGGCCGCGCGGCCAAGGCCGACAUCGAGGCGAGCGUGCCGGGCCUGGCGGCGGAGGCGAGCGUCGUCCAGGUAUGGCAGCUCGACAUGGGCAGCUACGCCAGCGUGCAGGCGUUUGCGGCGCGCGUCGACACGGAGCUGGACCGCGUCGACGUCUUCCUGGCCAACGCGGGGCUGGCGCGGGCGCGGUACUCGGUCGUCGAGGACAAUGAGGAGAUGAUUACCGUCAACGUCGUGGCCACGUUUCUGCUGGCCGCGCUGGUCAUGCCCAAGCUCAAGUCGACGGCGGCGCAGACGGGCUCGCGGCCGACGCUGACCAUUACCUCGUCGGGCGUCCACGGGCACACGCAGUUCCCGCAAAAGUCGGCGCCGCACGGCCGCAUCUUCGCGACCAUCAACGACAAGACGACGGCCGAACGGCACUGGGCCGAGCAGUACCCCGUGUCCAAGCUGCUCGAGGUGCUGUGCGUGCGCGCGCUGGCGGAGCGCCACCCGGCGCUGCCCGUCACCGUCAACUGCGUCAACCCGGGCCUGUGCCAGUCAGAGCUGGCGCGCGACGUGCCCGGGUGGGCCUUCUGGCUGCGCAAGCUGCUGCUCGCCCGCUCGACCGAGGCCGGCAGCCGCACCCUCGUCCACGCCGCGUCCCCGGCCGUCGCCGCCGACUCGCACGGCCAGUACCUCUCCGACUGCGCCGUGAGCGCCCCCGCGCCCCUGGUGACGGGCGCCGAGGGCAAGGAGGCGCAGGACCGGGUGUGGGAGGAGCUGGUUGCGAAGCUCGAGGCGAUUAGGCCUGGUGUGAUGAAGAAUCUUUGA